AUGACUACUCAGCAAUAUCCCUGGCCGAAUGGCAAGCGUGCCUGUAUCAGCUUGACCAUGGACAACAUGGGCGAAGCCGCAGAUCUGAACCGCGGUCUCUGGCCCAAAGACAAGCCCAUAGGCUCGCACUUCUCAGUCACUGAGAAGCUACCUCUGAUGCUCGAUAUACUCGACAAAUACCACCUCCCGGCCACUUAUUUCGUCGAGGGCUGGAACUGCCCCAUUUACUCGGACACGAUCAAGCAUGUGCAAAGUCGAGGUCAUGAGAUUGGAUUUCACGCAUAUCAGCAUGAAGUGUGGAAGAAUCUUGAUGCUGAGACGGAGAUUGGAAACCUGAACAAAAGUGUCGAGGGUGCGGAGGCCAUUGGGGUACAUUACAAGGGCUUUCGACCACCGGGAGGGUUAGUCACUGAACGUACACUGAAUCUGAUGAAACAGAAAGGAAUGAACUACCUCUCUCCUGCAGCAGAUCGUCCAGCUUUGGUGGAUGGCGUCGCAAUGGUACCUUUCCAGUGGGAAAGCAUUGAUGCGUACUUCUACAUGGCCUCGACGGCUGCAUUGAGAAAAGGCAAAGGCGAUACCGAGGAGCCAUUAUCCCCGCAAGUGCUGAAGGACCGUUUGUUCAGAAGGAUAGAUGAAGUCGUAGGAGAGGGGGGAUAUCUGGCCUUGCUCUUCCAUCCUUUCUUGCAAACAGAAGAUGAGAAGUUAAAGGUCAUGGAAGAAGUGCUUGAACAUUUGGCGAGCAAAAAGGAAAACACCUGGUUAGCUCAAUGUAAGGACGUCGCAAAUUGGAUUCAUGAGAAUCCAGGAGCAUUUGGCAAUGAUCCAGGCUGGGACAAAGCGGAGUGGAAGAAGAACUAG